GUGAGGAUGCAAUGACAGGUGACACGGACAAAUACCUUGGACCCCAGGAUCUGAAAGAGUUGGGAGAUGAUUCUUUGCCUGCUGAAGGAUACAUGGGCUUCAGCCUGGGAGCCCGCUCGGCCAGUCCAAAAGUCAGUUCGGAUAGGUCCUACACGCUGAACAGAAGUUCUUAUGCCCGAGACAGCAUGAUGAUUGAAGAACUGCUGGUACCAGCAAAGGAUCAGCACCUGACAUUUCAAAGGGAGUUUGAUUCUGAUUCUCUGAGACACUAUAGCUGGGCCGCAGACACCUUGGAUAAUGUUAACCUUGUUUCAAGUCCCAUCCAUUCUGGUUUCCUGGUUAGUUUUAUGGUUGAUGCACGUGGGGGUUCAAUGAGGGGUAGUCGCCAUCAUGGAAUGAGAAUAAUUAUCCCACCACGGAAGUGUACAGCACCAACUCGCAUCACCUGCCGCUUGGUAAAGAGGCAUAAACUGGCCAGCCCACCGCCGAUGGUUGAAGGAGAAGGAUUAGCGAGUAGACUUGUAGAAAUGGGGCCAGCAGGGGCACAAUUUUUAGGCCCUGUCAUAGUGGAAAUCCCGCAUUUUGGAUCAAUGAGAGGAAAGGAAAGAGAACUAAUCGUACUUCGAAGUGAAAAUGGUGAAACAUGGAAGGAGCACCAAUAUGACAGCAAACAUGAAGACUUAACUGAAAUACUCAAUGGCAUGGAUGAAGAGCUGGACAGCGUUGAGGAGCUAGAGAAGAAGCGCAUCUGCAGGAUCGUCACAAAGGAUUUCCCUCAGUACUUUGCAGUGGUUUCACGAAUCAAGCAGGAGAGUAACCAAAUUGGCCCGGAGGGCGGGGUUCUGAGCAGCACGACAGUGCCGCGCGUCCAGGCGUCCUUCCCCGAGGGUGCUCUAACCAAAAGGAUCCGUGUGGGCCUCCAGGCUCAACCAGUUCCAGAGGAGAUUGUCAAAAAAAUCCUUGGAAACAAAGCAACUUUUAGUCCCAUUGUCACUGUGGAGCCAAGAAGAAGAAAAUUUCAUAAGCCAAUAACCAUGACAAUUCCUGUGCCACCUCCAUCAGGAGAAGGUGUAACCAAUGGGUACAAAGGAGACACAACGCCCAGCCUUCGACUUCUAUGUAGCAUUACAGGAGGUACUUCACCUGCGCAGUGGGAGGAUAUCACAGGCACCACUCCGCUGACAUUCGCAAAUGACUGUGUCUCAUUCACAACCAACGUUUCAGCCAGAUUUUGGCUUGCAGACUGCCAUCAAGUACUAGAGACCGUGGGUCUGGCAACACAGCUUUAUAGAGAAUUAAUAUGCGUUCCUUAUAUGGCAAAGUUUGUGAUAUUUGCCAAAAUGAAUGACCCUGUGGAAUCCAAUUUGCGUUGCUUCUGCAUGACUGAUGAUAAAGUAGACAAAACUUUGGAGCAACAAGAGAACUUUGAAGAAGUUGCAAGAAGCAAAGACAUUGAGGUUCUGGAAGGAAAACCUAUAUACGUUGAUUGCUAUGGAAAUCUAGCCCCUUUGACUAAAGGAGGACAGCAGCUUGUUUUUAAUUUUUAUGCUUUCAAAGAAAAUAGACUGCCAUUCUCUAUCAAGGUAAGAGAUACCAGCCAAGAACCUUGUGGUCGAUUAUCAUUUCUGAAAGAACCAAAGACUACAAAAGGACUGCCACAAACAGCUGUUUGCAACUUGAAUAUCACUCUGCCAGCACACAAAAAGGAAACAGAGUCAGAUCAAGAUGAUGAGACGGAGAAGGCAGACCGGCGCCAGAACUUUGUUUCCCUUGCUUUACGUAAGCGCUACAGCUAUCUGACUGAGCCUGGAAUGAAAACAGUUGAACGGAGUGCAGGAGCAACAAGAUCCCUGCCUGCUACUUACUCAUACAAGCCGUUCUUUUCAACACGGCCAUAUCAGUCGUGGACAACAACUCCAAUUACAGUGCCUGGGCAAACCAAAUCAGGCUUCACUUCCUUAUCAAGCUCUUCCUCUAACACUCCUACAGCUUCCCCAUUAAAAUCAAUAUGGUCUGUUUCUUCUGCUUCUCCAAUCAAAUCCACUUUAGGAGCUUCUACCACAUCUUCAGUUAAAUCUGUUAGUGAUGUAGCAUCUCCGAUUAGAUCAUUUCGGACAAUCUCUUCACCAAUAAAAACUGUGGUAUCACAGCCUCCAUACAAUAUGCAGGUUACGUCAGGCUCUUUCGUCAGAGCUCCCACGGUCACAGAAGCUGCUAGUCUGAAAGGGCUGGCAUCCACUGCCGCAUUUCCCUCUCGGACAUCUCCAGUGACUACAGCAGGGUCUCUCUUGGAGAGAUCGUCCAUAACCAUGACGCCUCCAGCAUCCCCCAAAUCCAACAUUAACAUGUACUCUUCAAGUUUGCCACUUAAGUCAGUCAUCACAUCAGCAUCUUCACUUUUAUCGUCCCCUCUAAAGUCAGUGGUGUCACCUGCUAAAUCAGCAGUUGAUGCUGUUUCAUCCUCUAAAGUCAUGAUGGCCUCGUCUCUCUCAUCACCAGCAAAACAUGUAGCUGGGCACACAGAGGUACCAUUGCUUAAUGGAUCUGUGUCACCUCUGAAAUACCCAUCUUCUGCCAACUUAAUAAAUGGAUCUAAAGCUGCAGCUGUUUUUCAAGACAAGAUUGCUGCAGCUGCCCACUCUGCAACUUGUGCUGCUAACGCAGUUGCUGACACGACUGAGAGAGUGUUUUCAACAGCUGCAACAAUGCCAUUUUCUCCACUCAGGUCAUUUGUGUCUUCAGCACCAUCAGCUUUCCAGUCAAUAAGAACUCCUGCAGGUGCUUUGUACACAGCCCUUGGGUCAAUAUCUGCAACUACCUCAUCAGUAACUUCAUCAACAAUAACAGUGCCGGUAUAUUCUGUAGUCAAUGUUUUGUCUGAACCAGCAUUAAAGAAGCUCCCAGAGUCAUCUUCACUUACAAAAUCAGCUGCUGCGUUACUGUCACCUAUUAAAACAUUGACUACAGAGGCACGCACACAGCCUCCCUUUAAUCGAACUUCAUCACCAAUAAAAUCAUCCUUGUUUUUAGCACCCUCUGCUCUCAAACUGUCAACACCAUCUUCUUUGUCCUCCAGUCAGGAGAUACUGAAAGAUGUUGCUGAAAUGAAAGAGGAUCUAAUAAGAAUGACUGCAAUAUUGCAGACAGAUGUCACAGAGGACAAACCGUUCCAACCUGAGAUACCGAAAGAGGGUAGAAUUGAUGAUGAAGAGCCCUUUAAAAUUGUUGAGAAAGUAAAAGAGGACUUAGUAAAAGUUAGUGAGAUUCUGAAAAAAGAUGUGUGUUUAGAAAGUAAAGGGUCGGCUAAAGUAUCCAAAAGUGAUCAAGGACACCUGUCCGAGGAUGACUGGGUAGAGUUCAGUACAGAGGAGAUUGAUGAAGCGAGACAGCAAGCUUUGACAAGCCCUCCUAUAUCUGUUCCAGAGAAGGUCCAAAUUAAAACUAAAACUGUGUCGGAAAAGGAUUAUAACUUGUCAAAAGUUAUUGAUUACUUAGCAAAUGAUAUUGGUAGCAGUUCAUUAACGAAUAUAAAGUACAAGUUUGAAGAGGGGAAAAAAGAAGGUGAAGAGAGACAAAAACGCAUUUUAAAACCAGCUAUUGCUUUGCAGGAACACAAACUUAAAAUGCCUCCAGCCUCCAUGAGGCCUUCAACAUCAGAAAAAGAGUUAUGUAAAAUUGCUGAUUCCUUUUUUGGAACAGAUACUAUUUUAGAGUCUCCAGAUGACUUUUCUCAACAUGAUCAAGAUAAAAGUCCCUUGUCUGACAGUGGUUUUGAAACAAGGAGUGAAAAGACACCUUCUGCCCCACAAAGUGCUGAAAGCACAGGGCCAAAACCACUUUUCCAUGAUGUACCCAUCCCUCCUGUCAUUACAGAAACAAGAACUGAAGUAGUUCAUGUUAUCCGCAGCUAUGAACCAUCAUCUGAAGAACUUCCAGAUCAGAAAGCAGAGGAGCUACCAGCCUCAAAACCUGCCCCUACAUUUAUGGAGCUGGAGCAAAAACCUGCUGGAUCUAUUAAAGAGAAGGUUAAAGCUUUUCAAAUGAAAGCCAGCAGCAGUGAAGAAGAUGACCACAAGUGUGUCCUUAGUAAAGGUGUCCGAGUAAAAGAAGAAACUCAUAUCACUACGACAACUAGGAUGGUUUAUCAUAAACCUCCAUGCACUGAAAGCACGUCUGAAAGAAUUGAGGAAACAAUGUCUGUUCAUGACAUAAUGAAAGCCUUUCAGUCUGGACGUGACCCUUCCAAAGAACUGGCAGGUCUGUUUGAACAUAAAUCAUCAGUAACAUCCGAUGUUAGCAAGUCUGCUGAAACUUCACCACAACAUGCAGAGAAGGACAACAAAAUGAAACCCAAACUGGAGCGAAUAAUAGAGGUCCAUAUUGAAAAAGGUAAUCAGGCUGAACCUACUGAAGUCAUUAUUAGAGAAACAAAAAAGCAUCCAGAAAAAGAAAUGUAUGUAUAUCAGAAAGACUUACCUCGGGGAGAUAUUAACUUAAAAGAGUUGGAAAAACACGAUGCUUUUCCUUGUUCAGACGAACAAGGUCAGCAAGAAGAAGAAGAGCUCACGGCUGAAGAGUCACUUCCUUCUUAUCUGGAAUCCUCUAGAGUUAACACUCCUGUGUCCCAGGAAGAAGACAGUCGCCCUAGUUCUGCUCAACUCAUGUCUGAUGACUCUUACAAAACACUGAAGCUUUUGAGUCAGCACUCAAUAGAAUACCAUGAUGAUGAGUUGUCAGAACUAAGAGGGGAGUCUUACAGGUUUGCUGAGAAAAUGCUUCUUUCAGAAAAGCUAGAUGUGUCUCAUUCUGAUACUGAGGAGUCAGUUACUGACCAUGCUCUACCCCUUAGCGCAGAGUUACAGGGGUCUGAUAAACGAUGCAGAGAAAAAGUAGCUACUGCCCCCAAAAAAGAGAUUCUCUCCAAAAUCUAUAAAGAUGUGUCUGAAAAUGGUGCAGGUAAAAUGUCUAAAGAUGAUCAUUAUGAUAAAGUGACAGUGUUACACUACAGUGGAGAUGUUAGUAGUCCAAAGCAAGCGAUGUGGAUGCACUUUACUGAGGACAGAUUAGACAGAGGUAGAGAAAAGUUGAUAUAUGAAGACAGGGUGGACAGGACUGUUAAGGAGGCAGAAGAAAAACUGACUGAAGUAUCACAGUUUUUUCGAGAUAAAACAGAGAAGUUGAAUGAUGAGCUACAGUCUCCGGAGAAAAAGCAGCAUAAAAAAAAUGGCAAAGAAAUACAUUUUAGCCAGAGCUCUGCCAGCAGCAGUCCUGAGAAGGUUCUGCUCUCUGAAUUGCCGUCGUCCAGUGAUGAAUGGAGUAAGGUGAAGCAGCAUGCACAUGAUGGGAAAUGCUUUCCCAAGGUGGAUGAAAGAAAAACUUCCAGUUUGCCCAGCAGUCCUGAAAAAAGGAUAUUUGUACAACCUGCAGAGGACUCUAAACAAACUAUGGAACACAAAGGAAAUGCUCAGCAGACUGGAGUACCUGAGGUUUCACAGACUGGAUUCCAGCUGAAGCAAUCAAAGCUGAGUUCCAUUAGGCUUAAAUUUGAACAAAGUAUAAGUCCAAGGAGUAAGGAUGUAACUCAAGAAGAAAAAAAGCUGGAUGGUCAGUCCAAAAUUCCAGUAAAGAAAUUACAAGAAAGUAAGUUACCUGUGUAUCAGUUUUAUUCCAGAGAGAAACAUGCAAAGCAAGUAGAGCUCAUUGAUGGCAGCACAGCUUUACAGAAAGAGGUGAAAAUACAGGAAGAUUUUGUUCCAGGUAAAGGGAAAGCUGUCGAAGACUUACGUGCUUCAGACACACAAAAACAAAGAACUGAUAUGAGUAAAGGCAUGCCAGAACACUUUUCAGAACUGCAGGCAAAAGACCUGGUGUAUGGCUCUGACUCAACAUCAAAGGGACACUGGGACAAAAAAAUCUAUAGGACGUGGGAAAGUCCUGGAACUUCUAAUCAUAAAACACAAAAAGAAAAACUUUCACAUGUGCUGGUUCCAGAUACAGUAAAAGAAAACCAUGUUGAUCAUGCUGAAGCUAAAACUGACAAAAAAAGUGAAUUUAUCACUGUGACAGAGCACAAAUUGGCAGCAAAUGGAAUUCAUUCAGAAGAAGUGAAGGAAAUGACUGUAAAAUCUCCCUCAAAAAGAGUUUUAUACAGAGAAUUUGUUGUAAGGGAGGGAGAACAUAAUGGUGAAGUGGCUGAUAAAAUAUCCAAAAGAAAAGAAGAAAUUGCUGUGUCACAUAUUCCAGUCAGAAUUUUUGAGAAGAGAACCACGCUUGAUGGUGUCUAUGAACUUUCAGCUAAAAUCUCCCAGUCAGCUGUGAUUAAGGAGAAAGUUGAGAGGCAGAUUGAUUAUGUGGAAGAUGAAAAAAUAAAGCAUUCAGAAAUCAGAAAAGUUACCAAGCAGCAGAGCUCGAUAGGUCUAAGUCCUUCUGUUGAGGAAAUGGAGAUAUCCCCUAGCAAAUCACCAGACUCUUUAGAAGGCAGUCCAGGAAAGGAAUUUCCUUCCAGUGAGGUAGUUGACCCUGGUGCCAGUGAUUACUUGGAUAAAGUUGCACCACUAGUAAGCACUGAGGGAGUAAAAGAAAUUAAGACCUUACCUGUUUAUGUCAGUUUUGUUCAAGUAGGAAAGCAAUAUGAGAAAGAGGUGCAACAAGGGAAUAUUAAAAAAAUUGUCAGUCAGGAGAGCAAGACAGUGCAAGAGACAAGGGGGACAUUUUACACAGCUAGACAGCAAAAGCAACCUCCUUCUCCUCAAGGUAGUCCAGAAGAUGACACAUUAGAACAAGUGUCCUUUAUAGAUAGCUCUGGUAAAAGCCCUUUAACACCAGAAACACCGAGUUCAGAGGAAGUGAGUUACGAGUUUACAUCUAAAACACCCGACUCACUAAUAGCUUAUAUCCCAGGCAAGCCCAGUCCUAUACCCGAGGUAUCUGAGGAAUCAGAGGAGGAAGCAGAGGCUAAGUCAACAUCUGUAAAGCAGGCAGAAGUUGAGGAACCACAGACUGACAAAGCAUUACCUAAUCAUAUAAAUAAGGACUCUAACAAAAGACCCAAAGGUAACAGAGUUGCCUACAUUGAAUUCCCUCCUCCCCCACCACUGGAUGCAGAUCAAGGCGAAUCAGAAAAGAAGCCUUGUUAUUCCACUGAGAGUGAAAUGGAGAUGACAGAAGUGAACUUGCAAGAUGAACAUGACAAAUGCCAACUGGCUGAACCCGUCAUAAGAGUACAGCCACCGUCUCCUGUGCCACCGGGAGCAGAUGUCAGCGACUCCAGUGAUGAUGAAUCUCUCUAUCAACCUGUUCCACUUAAAAAGUAUACGUUCAAACUGAAAGAACUGGAAGAUGACCAGAAAGAAACCUCAAAUCACAGAGCCCCUGAAAAGAUUGAGAAACACAAAGAGUUAGGACAUCCCACUCCUGGGAAGCCUAACGAGUUUGACAUUGGGCUUGAUUCACCCCAGAAUGAUGUAGUGCAAAAUGGGAACAACAAUGACCAGUCUGUCACAGAGUGUUCCAUAGCAACCACUGCAGAAUUCUCCCAUGAUACCGAUGCAACAGAGAUUGACUCUCUUGACGGUUAUGAUUUGCAAGAUGAAGAUGAUGGUUUAACUGAGAGUGAUUCUAAACUUGCAGGUCCGGCAGUUGAAACCAAAAAGGACGUAUGGACUACAGAAGGCAUUCUAAAGCAGACUGAUCGCUGCUUUAGCCAGAGUAAGCUUGAAGUCAUUGAGGAGGAAGGCAAGGUAGGCCCUGAAGAAGACAAGGCACCUUCCAAGGGUCCAGCUUCUGAUAAAGCUGGAGAUAAGAGCGCACAGAAGUCAGGGGCACAGUUUUUCACUUUGGAAGGCAGACACCCUGACAGGACUGUAUUUCCUGAUACAUAUUUCAGUUACAAAGUAGAUGAAGAAUUUGCAACACCUUUCAAAACGGUGGCCACCAAAAGUCUAGAUUUUGAUCCAUGGUCCAAUAACCGAGGUGACGAUGAAGUGUUUGAGACUAAAUCAAGGGAUGAUGAGGCUAAGCCAUUUGGUCUGGCAGUGGAAGACAGAUCUCAAGCAACAACACCUGAUACAACUCCAGCCAGAACUCCAACAGAUGAGAGUACGCCAACUAGCGAGCCCAACCCCUUCCCAUUUCAUGAAGGGAAGAUGUUUGAGAUGACUCGCAGUGGUGCAAUUGACAUGAGCAAGAGGGAUUUUGUUGAAGAAAGACUCCAAUUUUUUCAGAUUGGUCCUCAGAGUCCAUGUGAACGGACAGAUAUAAGGAUGGCAAUUGUAGCUGAUCACCUAGGACUUAGCUGGACAGAACUGGCAAGAGAACUGAAUUUUUCUGUGGAUGAAAUAAAUCAAAUCCGAGUGGAAAACCCAAAUUCUCUUAUUGCUCAAAGCUUCACAUUAUUAAAAAAAUGGGUUACCAGAGAUGGGAAAAAUGCCACAACUGAUGCCUUAACUUCUGUAUUGACAAAAAUUAACCGAAUCGAUAUCGUGACCCUGUUGGAAGGACCAAUAUUUGAUUAUGGAAAUAUUUCAGGAACCAGAAGUUUUGCAGAUGAAAAUAAUGUUUUCCAUGAUCCCAUUGAUGGUUAUCCCACCAUUCAAGUGGAACUGGAAACUCCCACUGGGUUGCGCUUCGUGCCGCCCACCCCUUUCCAUCAGGACGAUUUCUUUAGCGACACCUCUAGCCUAGAGUCACCCCUUAGAACUCCUAGUAGACUGAGUGAUGUGUUAGUGACCUCCCAGGGACACGUAGAUGGUACAGCAGCAGCACCGCCAGUGGUGACUGAAGAAGACACUUCACUGGAUGACAGCAAACUUGAUUUCUCAGUGCCUAGAGAAGGAACACCUAAAGAUAUCUCCGUAGGCGAGAGCCAGUUGGAGGAAGUGGACCUUAAGGAUUUUCCACGGUAUCUUGGUAGUUAUGAUGGGUUAUCAAAAGAUGCUAAACGAAAGAAGAGUGAAGAGAUUAGUAAAACAGGAGUAAGGACUGAACAGCCUGAGAGAGAGAAGUCUGGUACUGAUGAGGAGAUGACAGAAGAAAAGCUUAAAUCUCUCUUUGAGGACAUUCAUCUGGAAGAAGGAGCUCAGUCUGAGGAGAUGACGGAAGAAAGAGUAUGGUCAAUUCUUAAAGGUGUUCAACAAGCAGAACACGAAAUGUCUUCAAUUACAGGUUGGCAGACUGACUCGUCAAGUGUCACCGAGCCACUGACAUCGGGACGCAGAAUAGGUGGUAGCCUGCUAGAUCGCUUGGAUGAUAGCUUGGACCAAUGUAGGGAUUCUGUUACCUCAUAUGUCAAAGGAGAAGCAGGGAAGGCAGAAACAAAUGGAAGCCUAUCCGAAUCCACAGCAGAGACGAAAACUAAAUCCUACAUCCAGGAAUCCUUAAAUGAUGUGGGAAAACAGAGUGACAAGGAAGCCCUGAAAACAAAGCCCCAAAUUUCAGCUGGUACUGAUGAGCAAACAUUAUCAUCAACAGCAUAUCAGAAAUCUUCGGAAGAACCUAGCAAGCCAACAACAGAAGGCCACAAAACAUCUGUGCCUGUCAGUGUGAAGAAGAUGAGCUGGAGUACUUCUGAGGAUGGCAAGCCAAGAACAAGCAUCCAAGAGGAGGAGGGAGCAGUAAUGUCUGAACAGAAGGAAUGUAGUGACAGUGACAGUGAGAUUGAGAGUGAUUCAAGCUCAGAUGAGGAGCAGAGAAUUACUACAAGAGUUUAUCGACGGCGGUUGAUUCUGAAGGGUGAGGAAGCAAAAAACAUUCCUGGUGAAUCUGUAACUGAGGAACAGUUUACUGAUGAAGAAGGCAACGUCAUCACGAGAAAAAUCACCCGGAAGGUAGUAAGACGUGUUGUUAUCCCCCAUGAGAGGAAAGCUGGUGAAAUGCAGGGAGAAGCUUAUAAGGUUAAGACAAAGAAAGAAGUCAGACACAUGGAGAAGAAAAGUUACUCGUGAAAGCCGAAAGCCAACCACUGAACGGACUGUGUGCUUUUACUGCCAGUAUUCUAGAGGGAUGCUCACAGAAGAAAAAUCAACAGGAACUAAACAUUCACCUAUAAAAGCGUGCGUGUGUUUGCUGCUUCCACACAUUAAUCGCAUGGUUUUUAUGCAAAAAGAAAAACAAACAAAAAAAAUUAAUUUAGCAUGAGUCAAUUUACAGAGCAUGGAAAUUCAUGUUCAUUCACAGGAUUGGAGGGUGCACAGUUACCAAUGCAGUGUAUAUACAAGACACCAUGCUGUUAACAGCUUCUUUCAAGUGGUUUGAUGGCACUCAAAAUAAAUAAAUUCCUGUGGCCAGAGGGGAUAUACAAAGACAAAAUGUUUAAACCAUGGAAAGACACUAAAAUUACUAAAAUCCACAACAGCUCGCCUUAUUUUUCUUGGACCCAAACUGUCAGGGUAUAAAACACUUAUUUGUUUCUUUUUUAAACAUCAAUAGUUUUGCUGUAAAUAAAUAACACUGUAUAAAUUCUAACAAAGUAGAAUAAAUGUUGAUAAGGCACUGCCUUUUCGAUCACAAACAGAAUAUUGCAAAUGCAUUGAGCAGGCUAGGUGUCUCAAAUGGCUGCACCUACAAGGAUAUUCUGGGUGUAUCUUCACAGAUUCUUGUAUAUUAGCAAUUAUAAUGUUUGUAUAUGCAAAAACGCUAGCUUGAUUUUAAAAAAAUCUUUAAAAUCUGCUGCAAAUUUAAAUGAUUCCCAAAAUGAGGAAUUCUGUAGUUCUGUGAAAAUUUUUCUUCAGAGUACUAAUAUUUUGAUGCAUGUGUUUCACCUUAUUUUGAUUAAAUCUUUUCCAGUUUUGCAAACACUAUACCGCAACACGAAAAAUAAGAUUUUAUCUGUAAACACAAAGCCCUUCAUCUAAUAUUUGUUGCUGUUGCCAAUUUUUCAAUGAAAUUACCUAAACCCCGUAACAUAUACAGUAGUUGCAUUAUGGGGAUGGGGGUGCUAUUUGUUCUCGCUCUAUAAUGGGGAUAAUGCUUGCAGCUUUAGAAGUGGGUUGGUGCUCUAAGGAGCACAUGUUUGGGAUAUUUCUAAAUGAACUGAAGAGAAAUUAUUAGCUAAUAGACUGGCAGCACGCUGUAAAAUUAUUACUGUAUUGUGUACUGGCUAUAAGAUGUAGACUCUUUCAGUAAGCCAAUCAUCUGUAAUCAUCCUAGCAGUGUAAUAUUAGGUUGUUAAGGCUGCUGUGUUUUAAAGGGCAUUUUUAUUUGGGUUUUGGUGAAAUACUUUAAUUUGUUGAUUAUAUUCAUAUGGAAACAGCAUUAAUUGAUAAUAGCUCUAAUUACAUAUGUAUGAAAACAAAAAACACUGGAUGAUCUAGCUGAUUAUUUAAGCAUAAAAUAAAUUGUGUUAAAACUC